AUGGAUACCAAACACGAAUCCAAAGAGUAUGCAACCAGCAUCCACAGCGUUGCAUCCACAACAACCACACUACUAGACACAUCAAAGGGCAGCUUCCUCGAAGGCAAGCGAUUUCGUGUCGAAGCAAAGGGUAUCCGUGCACUCCGCCCACCCAUGCCCAUGAGACAGAAUGAAAUCCCCAUCUACACCGCCGACGGCUCCCUAGCAUAUACAGCUACCAAAGCAAAGGCCAUGUCGAGUCACACCAUCCUCGCUUCCCCCAAACACGGAGACCUCUUCUCCAUUGAUUUUAAACCAGGUUGCUGUCCCUGGAUCCGCUUUUUGAAUCCCAUCGAAGGGGACGUCAUCCCGGAGAUUGCCUUGGAGGGGAAAUUGACCACCCGGGCCAUGUCAUUUACACCUCCGGAGGGGGGGUGUAAAUGGGAAUGGAAGUACUCGAUAAUUGACUCUCCGAGUGGGGGUAAGCUUAAGGCUUUGUGUUUGGAGAAGAUAGAUGGGUCAGAAUGUGGAAAAGCUACACGGAUCGCCUAUCUUCUCCGAAGUCCAGAUACGCGUGCGACAGGUUCGUCUUGUUGUUCCGCUGGGAAUGGGGGUCAACUUGUAAUUAGUCCGGAUGUUGACCUAAGCAUGGUGGAGGAAGCUCUGGUAAUUGCAACUUGUUUGGUCAUGUUGCGCAGGGAAAGAGAUCGUCGCAGGUUUAUUCAGGCUAUGGUUAUUGGGGGUAUGGGCAGUUGA